CCUGGACUCCCGAUAGAUGGGAUGCCCCAUAAUGGACACGCACAAAGUGGCUUUGCUGAAGGAUGGGUGCAAUCUGGACACGAGGAAUCUCCGCCCGAUGGAACUGCUUCGGCUCUGCAUGAUAGUCCAUUGAGUUUCUCGAAGCCAAGCCCGUCCUCGUCGAAGAACGUUUCAAACCAACAGCCACAACUCCAGCCGGAUAUGGCGAGCACCAGUUCCCUCGCUGUCCAACCGCCUGCGAGUGAAAAGCCCGGAGAGCACGGAGCUACUGACAAACACCAUGCUAUGAUACAUCUGCGUGGUCAAAUGUUGAGCAGUCUAGUGUUCUAGUACCGACGAAACAAAAACUGCAACUGCAUUUUUUCGAAGCAAGAGGCCAAACUAAAGUUCUCAUCAAGAGCACCUUCCUCAUCAACAAGAAAGCUUUCUUACUCUGUCACUUCCACCAUAUUUCUCUUUCUGCAUAAUUCUCUUGCUCAUCCAGACUCCAGAUGAUAACGUCCUGACUGAUGACGAUCAUGAAGAUGGAGAUGGUGAUGGCGACAGUAAAGGAGCAGACUGUACGGAAAGCGCAGAGUCAGUCGCUACCUCUCUACCCACCAGCAGUGGUUGAAAACUUGGGCGGGCCGCUGCUCACUUCCAUCGUCGCCGGCGCAGUGACCGCUCUUGGCUACCUUCCAGCGAUACAGCAAUUGGAAGGCCUAGAUCCGUCAGCGAGUGGCGUGGAUGGUGGCGACGACUUGAUGAGAAAGAUAUGUGCGUUCGGCGGAACACCCGGCGCAGGAUACCUCGCGAUCUACUUGGCUGACAAGAUGGUGAGUAAAGCGAAGUGUGCCAAUCUAAUCGCAGGGACGAAAGGCGCCGUCGGGUCUCGCAUCCUCGACAUGAUGCGGUGCAUCAAUCGAGAUUGGUUAGAAGUGUACCCAACGGAUGAGGACGGAGAAUUGAAAAUAGACUUGAGCGACGACUCACUCGACUAA